AUGUCGGAAAGUGGGUCCCAGGAGCCGAUGACGCGGCCCAGCAGACCGCCGGUUGGCAACCGAGUGACGGUGGUGCUGGGCGCGCAGUGGGGGGACGAGGGGAAGGGCAAAGUUGUGGACCUGCUGGCGCAAGACGCGGACAUGGUGUGCAGAUGUCAGGGUGGCAACAACGCGGGACACACAGUGGUGGUCGACUCUGUGGAGUACGACUUUCACCUCCUCCCCAGCGGCAUCAUCAACCCCAAAGUCACCGCCUUCAUCGGUAACGGUGUGGUGAUCCACCUCCCGGGCCUGUUCGAAGAGGCCGCAAAGAACGAGCGCAAAGGCAAAAGUCUAAAAGACUGGGAUAAAAGGUUGAUCAUCUCAGACAGGGCGCACAUCGUGUUUGACUUCCACCAAGCUGUGGAUGGUGUUCAGGAGCAGCUGAGGCAAGAGCAAGCUGGCAAGAACCUGGGGACGACAAAGAAAGGCAUCGGUCCGGUGUAUUCUACCAAGGCGGCACGCAGCGGCCUCAGGAUAUGCGACCUACUCGCGGACUUCACACACUUCUCCGAGAGGUAUAAAGUCUUGGCCCAGCAGUACCAGGCCAUGUACCCUAGUCUGCAAAUAGACGUGGAGGGCGAGCUGGUUAAAUUAAAGGCUUACGUGGAGCAGAUCAAGCCCAUGGUGAGGGAUGGUGUCCACUACAUGUACGAGGCGCUUCACGGGCCUCCCAAAAAUAUCCUGGUGGAGGGAGCCAACGCGGCGCUUCUGGACAUCGACUUUGGGACGUAUCCGUUCGUGACAUCGUCCAACUGCACGGUGGGCGGGGUGUGCACAGGCCUCGGAAUGCCGCCACAGAACGUUGGCGAGGUUUACGGCGUGGUCAAGGCCUACACCACCCGGGUGGGCAUCGGUGCUUUCCCCUCGGAGCAGAACAAUGACAUCGGCGAGCUGCUGCAAACCCGUGGCAAGGAGGUUGGGGUGACCACGGGCAGGAAGCGGCGCUGCGGUUGGCUCGACCUGGUGCUCAUCAAAUACGCGCACAUGAUCAACGGCUUCACGGCUUUAGCACUGACCAAACUGGACAUACUUGAUGUCCUCCCGGAGAUCAAAAUAGGCGUGGCGUACAAAGUGGACGGCCAAACUAUACCGCACUUCCCAGCCAAUCAGGAGGUGCUGCUCCAGGUGGAGGUCGAAUACGAGACGCUGCCCGGCUGGAACAGCAGCACAGCGGCCGCCAGGAGAUUCGACGAGCUCCCGGAGAACGCCCAGAAUUACGUGCGCUUCGUCGAGGAGCACGUCGGAGUGCCUGUCAAAUGGAUCGGCGUGGGCAAGUCUCGGGAGUCCAUGAUCCAGCUCUUCUAGAUACCACAAACAAACAUCCUGUCAGCCUCUUCCCAUCUCACACACACACACACACACACACACACUCACACACUCACACACACACACACAGCCUGACUACCUGACUGGACUCUCUUGAUUCCUGACGCAACUGUCGGAUUGGCAAGGCUUUUACACACUGUACAGUCAGAGCAUCUUCUAUGCCGGGAUUUUAAACCUCAUUAGCCAUUUGUACCAGACCCUCAAUAAGUUCAGCAUACACCAGCGCCAUUAACACGAGAAUCGCGCUGUGCCUGUCUGUCGUCGCGUUUUAAAGAUGCUUUGUGUUUUAUUCUGUCAGUCAAGUGGAUGUGGCAGUUUCCUCACAUAAAUGUAAAAGGGAUCUUUUAAUAUUGAACUUUUUAUUUGCAGUAAAAAAAAGAAAAAAGGCUCUACCAAAUACAUAUUUUAAAUUUG